AUGGCACCUCUCGUCCAGUUACUGCUACUGACUGCUGCCGCCGCUGCUGAGCGGCGCCUCUGUUCCUACUGGGUGCGCCGCAGCUCCCGCUCCGUCUGCCGCCUCCGGCUGCGCCUGCGGCUGUUCGCGCUGCCGCCCCCUGACGCGCUUGGCCGCUGCCGCCGCGGACACCUGCGCGUCGGUCGCUGCCAGCUCUGCGGCUGCAGGUCCGGAACGGAACUCGUCGUCCCGUUCACAGGCGACAGCAUGGAGAUGGUCCUUUCGCUCCCUGGCGAUGAACUGCUGGAUGACCCGAAGUACAGCGGAUUCGUUAUAGAGGUGCUGCAGGAAGGAAGAAACCGGUGGAAGAGAGCGGAGAAAGAAUCGUACGCCUUGGGAAGCUACGGCCACUGGAAACCAUACUACAGUCCUGAGGCUGCCACGGGAGCGCUAACCAAAUGGAGCGGUCACAGGGUGCGGUUUGAUGAACGAUGUGGAGCUGAAGACGACUGGCUCCUUUGGGCGUCAAAGUCAGAUUGCGAGGCUCGCCGAUGUACCAGCAUCACUUCCGGCGUCGUCAACAGCAGCGUCAUCGCCUCCCCGGGUUACCCGCGCUACUUCCAGCCAGGCAUAGACAACUGUUACCGGCCACAUGCAGCACUAUACUAG